AUGCUUUCAAAAACAUAUAAUGUGAUUGGGAUUACUGCUAUAGUUUCCAUAUCAGGAUUUCUCUUAGGUUUGGAAUCGUCCUCUUUGACUUCAUUUCUCUCUAGCACUCAAUUCACAAACUACUUUGGAUUAUUAAAUGUUUUGGAACAAAGUAUGGUUUCUUCUAGUAACUCAAUGGGAGCCGUUGUUGGAUGCAUUAUAUGUGGAACAUUGUGUGACACUCUUGGCUGCAUUGCAACUCUUCAAUAUGCAUGUCUUAUUUGGAUUAGUGGAACUGCACUUGCAGUAUUUCUGGUAAAUAUAUACAUGCUUGUCCUUGCAAGAUUAUUCAAAGGGACAGCCGUGGGGUUUAUUUCCACGGUGAUCCCAGUUUAUGUUGUUGAAGCUUUGCCAGAUGAAAGAAGAGGAAUGACAUUGUCAAUCGUUCAAUUGAGCUCCUCUUGUGGUGCAUUGGCACUUUACUAUAUUGGAUAUGUUUUUCAAACUUACAUUUCUAGUGAUUUAUCAUUUAGAUACACAUGGGCGGUAGAAGCGAUUCCAACUCUUCUUUUUCUACUUUUAAGUUUUUUUCUCCCAGAAUCACCUAAAUGGUUUGCUUCUCGGUCAAAAUGGGUUGAAGCUGCUACAAUAUUGGAUAGAUUGAAUAAGCAUAAUUCUCAAAAACGAGGUGAAAGAGAGGUGAUGGGUGAUAAACAAUAUGUAUUAUCUGCCUAUACAGCUCAACCAGAAGUCAAAAAAGGUACAUUUGCAGAUUUAUUUGGGAGAGAGUAUUGGAAAUAUACUGUAAUUGGUAUUUCAAUACAGCUGUUGGUUCAAUUUGCAGGAGUUACUACUUUUAUGUAUUUCUUUGUGUAUAUAUGUGGCAUUUGCGGUCUUGAGGAAAAAGAUAGAGUGUGGACAGUAUCCUUACAGUAUGUAACAUUGUCCGCAUUUACUCUCUUUCCAAUACUUCUAGUUGAUUCAUGUCGAAGAAAAGAUGCAAUGGUAUUUGGGUUCUUUAUUCUUGGUGCUGCUUAUGCUUGUAUUUGGGCAUUGAUUUUGGUAUAUACAAAUGAAAACUUGAGAGUGGAAUUAGUGCCAAAUUCACCAUUUAAUUCUGGAAUUACUGAUGAGCCUGCUUCCGCUGUUCUCGCCCUUUUCCUCUUUCUUGUGGCAGUUUUUUCAACUUCAAUUCAAAGUGUAAGCUGGCUUUACACUGGUGAAAUUUUCCCUAUUUCAAUUCGUUCUAAAGGUUCUGCAAUUUGUAUGGGAGUUUCUUGGGCCCUCAAUAUGUGCUUAACUCUUUUGAUGCCAAUGUUACUCAAUUUCUUGACUUAUUGGGUAUUCGGAAUAUUUUCCAUACUCUGCCUUGGUGCUUCAAUAAUUUUACUUUCAUUUCCGGAAACACGAGAUCUAAAUGCGGUUCAAUUAGAACUGCUCUACACUAGCAAUGUUAUGGUUAAUUGCCAAGUAAUUAGUGAUACAUGUACAAGUAGCGCGUUGGAUAAUGAACCUUUGGUGAAUCGAUUCAAUGCUGUGGACCUGAGCGACAUGAAGAGUAAACAAAGCACAUUGUUAGAAAAGGAAGAGGCAAAAUUCGAAUAUUCAAAUAAUAAUGGAAAAGAAUAUUUAACUGAAACAGAUAAAUUGAUCAUGGAAGAAUUAAAAGAUCGAACCAAUCUAUAUGAAAAUAUAAAUAGUGCAACUUCUAAGAACUCCAGCUCUCUUGAAUUACCAACAGCAAAGGGAAUAAUGUCAAAGGCAAUUAAGUUGGAAAUUCCAAAAGAACCAACCAUUGAAAAUGAGAGAAGCAAAUCUAAAAAAAGAAACAUAUCUGGUGUAAGCACAAAUGAAUACAAGGAUGCAAUUGCAACUCCGGAGCGCCAAUCCACGAUUGGAACUAAUUCGGUAACUAAUGAUUCGGAGUCAUACUAUUCAAAUGAUUGGCAUUUGGAAAAUAAAACAGCAUCAAGUAUGCCGAAUAAACCAUAUAUAAUUCCUGGGGCACUUACUACACUGUCUACAAUUAGUGAUAAUAUCGGAACUUCCCAACCAGGGAUCACGUAUGAACCUGCAGCAUUCUUAAGGCAAAAUAAUCAACACAAUCUUGUAGUUCGUAAUAGUCCUUUGCAACAAGAAACACGGUUGCAAAUUGAGAAAUUUUCCAAAAAUCCAAGUUUACGCAACAAUGCCAGAUUUGGGUCAAAUAAGAAUAUUAUGAAUACCAUUGCUAGAACUAAUAAUCAAGAAGAAAUACAUUCAGAUGUUGAAUGA